AUGGGCGACGAAAUUCCCACCUUCAAGCUGGUCUUGGUCGGCGAUGGUGGUACCGGUAAAACCACUUUUGUAAAACGUCACUUGACUGGAGAGUUCGAGAAGAAGUACAUUGGUAAGGUUUAUAUUAUUUUGGUUUUGAGUUUUAGGGUCUUCAGUACUUUGAUAGCAAUAAGAGAUUGUGGAUCUGUGCAAUUUCUGAAAUAUUUUAAAUAACCAGUCGUAUGCCUUCUGGGUAAUAUAAUUUCUUCAUUUCCAGCUACCUUGGGAGUCGAAGUGCAUCCCCUCACUUUCCACACAACUCGUGGUCAAAUCAGAUUCAACGUGUGGGAUACAGCCGGUCAAGAGAAAUUUGGCGGGCUUCGUGAUGGAUACUACAUUCAGGGAAACUGCGCCAUCAUCAUGUUUGAUGUAACAGCCCGUGUAACCUACAAGAACGUCCCCAACUGGCACAGAGACUUGGUCCGUGUCUGCGAGAAUAUUCCCAUGGUAUUGGUUGGAAACAAAGUUGACGUGAAGGACAGGAAAGUCAAAGCCAAGAGCAUCACCUUCCACCGAAAGAAGAACUUACAGGUAUGGUAGAAAGUCUUGAUUUUUUUGGCGCGGUGGAACUAUUGUUUUCCGUUCCGUAAGCUUGAACACAAUUUUUGAGAGGUUGCCAUAUUAGCUUUGAUCCUUUUAGUACUACGACAUCUCCGCAAAGUCCAACUACAACUUCGAGAAGCCCUUCCUGUACCUAGCCCGAAAGUUGGUUGGAGAUCCAAACCUCGAAUUCGUCGCUAUGCCCGCCCUGGCCCCACCAGAGAUCCAGAUGGACCCAGCGAUGGUGAAACAGUACGAGAAGGAGGUGGAAGACGCUGCCAACGCCGAGCUCCCCGAUGACGACGACGAUCUGUAA